AUGCCAACUCGAGCAGAAACUCCGCCAGUGGAUACAUCUUCGAGACGAAAUACCCAUACUCAUACGGAAUCUCCAAGUACAGAUUGCGAAUCCCCCCAUCUUAACAGGAUGCAAAGUCCUACACAUGCCCCUCUCACGAUACUCUCUUCCAGCGCAAUGAACAUGCCUCACAUAAACACGGAUCCGUCCUUACUCAGAUCAUCGACGGGCACAAUUAGAUCCGUACCCUCUGAUGACUCUCGACUUGGUCCAAAUUCUCACGACGAUAGUCCGACUGCGCAAUCCCAAUCACAGAACGAGCCCACUACACCUAUAACCCCAAGAAAAACCAGCUAUAAUUCCAUGAAUGGUUCGAAACCACCACUCAGUCGACAGAAUCCGUCCGCGAUAGGAAUGCCCAGAGGAGUUGUCAGAAGUAUAUCUACCGAGUUUGGCCCUACCAAGUACUCGAGUAGCAAUGUACAUGUCGUGGAAGAUAUCCCCGCGAAUGAUGGCGAAGAUUUUAAUUCCGCUAUUGGGAAGGCAAACUUGGGGAAGUCGGGGAGAGUGAUCGAGCGACUUACAAAGGAAAAUGACAUGUUGAAGCGUGAUGUCAAGAUUGAGAGGCUGAGAGCGGAAGAGGCUCUCGAUCAAGCAAGAUUGGCGGAGAGCAGAUUCGUGCAAGAAAACGAAGAGUGGGAGCGGAAGUUGCGUGAUGCUGCUAUGAACUCAACGGUUCUAAAGAGGAGGGAGCGACAACUCGCGGAUGCCAAAGAAAAAAUUGAUGCGGAACGACACAAGGCCGAGAAAGCUACUGAGGGCGAGCUAUUUUGGAAGGCUGAGAUGCAGAAAUUGGAAAGAGAAUGCAAAGAAAAGGUCGAAGAAGCUCAGAGCCGGGCGGAGCUGUACGAGGGAAGAAACAACGUCAUGACCGACCAUUGGAAGGAUCAGGAAAAGUCCGCCAAUCGAACAGUAGCGAAGCUAGAGAAGGAGAUCAAGAUCAUUGUGAAGGAAAGGAUAGCCGACGACGAGAAGAUUACCAUGCUUAAACGCCUCGCAGAACAGCAAGCCGAGCAACUCAAAACACUGCAGAGAGAAAAGGACGACGUUGAUCGGAAAUAUGAGGAGUACAAGGCAGAGAAGGAGAAGUCUCUUGCGGAUAUCAAAGAAAAUGCAAGCAAACAGCAGAAAGCCAACGAGGAGAUUAUGAUAGAGACGCAGAAGGUUCUUGGGGAGCUGAGAUGGGCUCUCAAUGUCAAAAAAUACGUCAAGGAGGCCGAAUAA